AUGCAUGUCCCACAGAUCCUAGCAUCAUGCCUCCUCGCUCUCAGCCCAGUGCUUGCCCUCCCGGCCACUCUCGACGUGGCCAAGCGAGCCUCAACCUGCGUCGACACCUGCGGCUCGACCUGCUACUGGCAGUCCGACAUCGAUGCCGCCCUCCAACAAGGCUACACUUACUACCAGAAUGGUCAGCAGGUGGGUAACGACAAAUAUCCCCACGAGUUCGACGACCGAGAGGGUUUCGACAUUACCAUCUCAGGCCCCUGGUACGAGUUCCCCAUCUUGAACAGCUAUAAGGUGUAUACUGGAGGUAGCCCGGGCGCUGAUCGAGUUGUGUUCACUGGGGACGGAACGUUGGCUCUUGUCGUCACUCACACUGGUGCAACCAAUGACAAUUUCCUCGAGUGUUCAGGAGCUCAACCUUGA